CGGGCAGGGCGGCAGCGGCCCCGCUGCCAACGCGCAGCAGCGCGGGCAAGGCGUCGGGAAUGGCUCCGGCAGCGACCGGCGGGAUCCCGCCAACUACGCCAUCGCUGGGACUGAUGGCUGACGGGCUGGGCAACAGCUCCGCUCCUGGUGCUGUAAUUUGUCUUGAGCAAUUGCUGAGGUGGAAGAACACUACCAUUGUAUCUGAGUAACAGUGACUAAAACCAAAAGACUUGUCUGAGGUUGACUAUCUUUAUAUUUUACUUCUUAGAGUUUCCGUCGGUUUUGUCAAGCCAUGGCUUACAGACAACUACUUUGACAACUAAAAUGGAUGGCAAUGAUGGCAAGGCUGAACACCUAGAGUAUAUUGCCUUUGCUUUGGUUCCUGUUUUCUUCAUCAUGGGUCUCUUGGGGAUCCUUAUCUGCCAUAUCCUUAAGAAAAAAGGAUACCGUUGUACAACAGAAGCUGAAGAACUAGAAGAAGAAAAAAUUGAUGAAAAAAUAGAAAUGAAUGAAACUAUACAUGAGAAUAGUGACACUGUGGGACAAAUUGUUAACUACAUCAUGAAAAAUGAAGCAAAUGCUGAUGUGUUAAAGGCCAUGGUAGCAGAUAGCAGUGUCUUUGAACCUGAAAGCCCAUUAUCUCCUACCUCUCCUGAGAGUCCAAUGAGUCCAGGGACUCCUUUGUCACCAGGUGUUGUUCCAUUCAGACACAACUGCAAAGCCCAUCACUUCCAUACUGUUGGAGGAGUGGUGGAAAAGGAUGUUUGUACUCGCUGUAGUCACAAACGAUGGCACCUAAUAAAGCCAGCUCAAAAAUCUAAAGAGAACAGAAGAAGUCGCAUUGGAGAAGUUACAGUCCUUUCUGUGGGAAGAUUUCGAGUCACAAAAGUGGAUCACAAAUCAAACUCCAAAGAGCGGAAGAGCCUGAUGUCCGUUACUGGCGUGGAGAGCGUCAAUGGGGAGAUGCCUGCGAAACAGGACGUGAGCGAAGCACCCGCCACGCCUGCCAAACAGGACAUGCAAGAGAGGAGAAGCUCACAGUAAAGGUGGAACUUUUAGAAGAAGGUUGUCUGCAAGCACUUUGGAGAAAACUGAAAACUCCCAAGAGAUGCAUACUAUUUAAAGAAAUGUAUUUAUGGCAAUGUAGCAUUUUAAAAGUUCUGUGAUGUCAUUCCUGCAAGCUUAAACACUUAAUGGUUUUUGACCAGUAAAAUAGUGAGAUUUAGACACUGAAAUACUGCUGAGCUGUGUGGACAUCAUAACAAAUGGCUUCAUCUUGGAAAGAAAGCAUACAUACACGUUUUUGGACAGGAAAGGUAAAAGCUUUAUCAAGUCUUAAACUUUUUUUAGACAAGCAUUUAUGAGCUCAAUAUAAAGAGUAAUACAGUUACCUCAUGGAUAAACUACAUUCACCCCAGUGGUCCAUCUGGAUUUUUCUUCUGUUCUGCCCACUCCAAAAUUGACAAGUGUUUGCUGAAGAUAAAAGCCAGCCUUUGAAAGAUGAAAAUAUUCUUUCAAUCUGGCUGCUUGUAGCCAAGUAAAACAUACAAAGAAAUAAUUGUCAGCCAAAUCUGCACGUGUGCCUUCAGUACAUAAGUCCUCAAACUCUGUGCAGGGUACCUCACAGUAGAGACUGGUUCAGUUAUAUGCAGAUGUUAAAUUAAAUUGUUGCUCCCCAGACACAUAUCUCUCCCUUUCUACUUGACAGAGGCUGAAGAGCAUCUUUUUGUGUGCGGGUAGAUGAGCUCUUGGUGAGGUUACUUUCCUCAAGGCCUUGUGUUCUCCUGUUCUCUUGUAACUGCUCACUCAUAUUUGAAGAGUGCCUAAUAGUUUUGCUUUUCUUUUUUUGUUCUUACCCACAGGUUCCUUAUCAAGUUAAGGCAACAUAUUUCAAGCCUUAGAUAAGGAUAUGGAAUAUUGGGCAUUAAAAAAUUUAUGGAAUAUAUACUAAAGUGCUUCAGAGUGGCUUUAUUGGACUGAGGGUAGUUGUAUUCAUUGGCAACAAAAUCUUAAGCCAGUGUUACUCCUUUCAUAUUUUAUGUAUGACUUAAUGCUAAAAUUACCAUGGUAUUCUCAUAUUAAUUUUCUGCAUCUACUUAUGAUCUCAUCUUUGUCCUAUUACUUAUUCUGGGGAGAGAAAUCUCUGUAAUACUUCAGCAAGCUUUUCUGUGUAACAGAAAAUUAUAUCAUUUGUUCUGAGUGCCUAAGAAUAUAGCUCUAAUAUAAUGCUUUUUAGUAGAGAUUGCACUAUAUUCUGAGAACUAUAACUUAAUCUGCUUUAUGAACUCAAGGAAAAUCAGUGUAUGUUUUUGAAAUGGAUUUUAAAUUGAUGCCUUCAAUCUUUUUAAACAAGAGCUCUAAAUUGUAUUUUUUAUUCAUAUCUGAGAAUUGUGUUUUUUCAUUGAUUUAUGUAUGCAGUGCUAACAAUCAGUGUCUAUAAAAUUACUCUUCUUGCUUGUGUAUUAGUUACUCUCAUGUCUUGUCAGGAAACAUCAAGUUUUUUCACUCUUGUUGGAAGUAUGUGCUGCUGAUGGUCUUCCUUCUGUGUGUAUGACUGAUUGGUCCUAUCAAUAUGUACUUUUCAGUGAUGCUGAAUUUGCCAAAAAACCCACCACUACCCACCCAAACUUUGAAAAUAAUUAAUGUGUUUUUGUUCUUUUCAAAGUGGAUAUUUUUAGAGAUAAUUGUCUGUCCUUGAGAAUUCAAAAUAACUGUUUGGCUGGGACUCUAACUUCAGUGUUUAGCGCUGCUCCCUGCUCCCAUAAAUUUAAAAUCAGCUUGUGAAACCUCUUCAAUAUUUAAUUACAACAUAAACACCAACCUCUUUUUACAGGCACACAUUAAGCUUCACAUGAUUAUUUGUGUGAAGAAUAUUUCUAGAAGAUUUAAUUAGUAUUGGUUGUAGUAAUGAGCUUUCAGUUUCCAAGAGAUUGAUAGCUGUGAGUAUAAAGUGUUACUGGAAAAUGGGAGCAUUGGAGAAAACAGCAGUUUUCAAAUAAUUUUCAGAAAGAAGAUACAAAGUUACAAAACUUUGUCCCAAAAGCUUUUUCUAAAAAAAAGGGCAGUUUGUCUUGAUACUGUAUUUUGAUGGAUGAUGGGUUAGUAUGGCAAAUAAAUGGCAAAAGGAUGGAGGAAAGUUUAAACAGUAAUAUGUAUUUUUUUACUUGUUUUGAAAGUAGUUUCUAUUUUGAUUCCAUUGAAAAUACAUAGAAUAAAAGGGAUGGAAAGAUGUUGGGUAUGUAAAAUAUUGUUUACCUGUAUAAAGUAAUUAUGUAAGGUAUUAUGAGACCUCAUAUGUGCAAGAAAUGAAUUUAUGCAUUGCUUUCUAAGUAAGAGAGGAUUUAGAAACUGUGCCUGUUUCAUUGCCUUUAACACUACACUGCUAUUGUAGAGGUAUGCAUAUUGCCAUAUUAGUCUGCUUUUCUUAAAUUUGCUUAUCAAAUGUAUUUUUAACAAAAUAGUUUAUAUACAACUUUUAUACUACCAAGCAGUAAAUAAAAAAUACUGAUUCUUAA